GCCAACCACCAGUAAACACUAGAAGAAGAAGAAGAAAAAGGGGGAAGAAGAAGAAGAAGAAUAUGGCAACGAUAGGUGCUACCAUAGCAGCAGGACAAGAAGCGAGCGGAGGAUGCUUAUCUUCAAGCAUGUGUUGACUGAGGCCUGAAGGUUCAGAGGCUGUGGCAGCAGGACCAGCGAGCAUCCAGCUUCAAUGAAGGAUGAAGAGCCCAGUGCACAGAUGCAGGGAUGUGGAGCACGGCCGUGCUCAGACAGGGGCAGGGUCGAACUGCCUACAGGCUGAACAACGCAUCCCUAUCUCCAAAGAUGUCAUUACGUCCUCUUCUGCCUCGGCGCUGUGGUUCAUCAGGGAUACCUGUGGCAUCGUGUGUGCUGUUAUCACGUGGCUGCUGGUGUUGUAUGCUGAGUUCGUGGUGCUGUUUGUAAUGCUGCUGCCCUCCAAGAAUCUGACCUACACCGUUGUGAACGGGACUUUGUUCAACACUCUGGCCUUUCUUGCCCUUGCCUCACAUCUCAGGGCCAUGUGCACUGACCCUGGGGCAGUGCCAAAAGGGAAUGCCACUAAGGAAUACAUAGAAAGCCUUCAGCUGAAACCAGGUCAGGUAGUCUACAAAUGUCCCAAGUGCUGCAGCAUCAAGCCUGACCGAGCACACCACUGCAGUGUAUGCAAACGAUGCAUACGGAAGAUGGACCACCACUGUCCAUGGGUCAACAACUGUGUUGGUGAAAACAACCAAAAGUACUUUGUGCUUUUCACAAUGUACAUUGCACUCAUCUCUCUGCACUCUCUGGUUAUGGUGGUCUUCCAUUUCCUCUACUGCUUUGAAGAUGAUUGGACAAAGUGCAGCUCCUUCUCUCCUCCAGCAACAGUCAUCCUUCUCAUCCUCCUGUGCUUUGAGGGCCUCCUCUUCCUCAUCUUCACCUCUGUUAUGUUCGGCACCCAGGUCCACUCCAUCUGUACGGAUGAGACAGGAAUCGAACGCCUGAAGGGAGAGACGGGGAAAUGGGGCAAAGUGCCGUGUUGGGAGGCCAUGAAAACCGCAUUCGGAGGCCGGCUCUCUCUGUCCUGGUUUAGCCCUUUCACAGGGCUCAGCUGUAAAAAAGAGCCUGUGGACCACAUCGCCAUCCCACAGGGAGAGAUUAUUGAGCAGGACAUCAUAGAGAUACCACUGACUCCUACCUCCACGUAAUGAGGAAGCCUUUUGUGUUACAGGGCUUGCCUAAAAGUGCAAAAAUAUGUCGUACCUAUUGUAACACAAAGGAUUAUUUGUGGAAGUUUUUAAUUGCAAUACUGUCUAGAAUAUGUACUAAUUUUGUAUGUUUUCAGUUACAGUUUUGUUUAGUGAUUUGACAUCUUCUCAUGGUAAAGGUGUAGGGAUCUACAGGUUAUCUGGCCACUAUUGAAACAGAAAUAUUUUUCCACAUAGAGAAAUAGAAGGUUUAUUUUUAUGCAGGGUUGUGAGGUAUACUUAUGAGCAGUCAGUAUCCUACCCCCGCAACUGAAGAUUGCAAAAUCCUCUAGAAAUCACUCUGUUGUCCUCCUUACGUUAGAUACGUACUCAUGAAGACUCCACACAACCCCACUGAGUCCAUUUAUACACAGUACGGGAGUGUACGGGUGCUUCCACAAAUGAAUGGCUGCACACAAAUGUCACCGCAUCAUCACAGGUGUCCAGUCUAGAGUAGGGAAGGGAACACACAAAGAUUAUCCAUAGCUUCCAACUGAUUAGUUUGAACAAGGCUGAUCCCAACUGAUGUUUGGCUGCAAUCCCAGACCCAAAAGGAACAGUGUUGCUCCCAUUGUUUUAGCUGACAGCCUGUCAUUUUAUAUUUUCCUCAUUUCCAAUAAACAAGUAUGUUGUUAUUUUGAAAAACUUCUGGUACAACCCAUUUCAUUGAGAUUUUCAGAGGGGGAAGCAUGAAUAACAUUUACUGCUCUUCAUCCUAAAGUAAGGGCCAGAUUUCACAGAAUUACCUCACUGAAUAAACUCCACUACUAUUAUUUUAAACAUGCCACUUUCAAUAAUUGAUUCAGGUCAAGAGAAUCAGCAACAUGCAUCUCAUGACUGUUGGAUCUGUUGGCUUUCUAGUAACCUAUUACACCCACUAGUAAUAUAUUUCCCAUGUUGAAAUAUUUCUAUCAAAAUCAGUUAUUUAUCUGGCAAGUGAUAUUGGACUGUUAUUGUGAACAGUUGUGAAUGUGAAUCCCUCUUCAUUUAGACAUUAUUACAGUAUUGUUGCAGAGUAAAGUGAAAUUAUUUAAAAUUAACAGAGUGAACUGACCUCUGGCUGCGCUUUGCUGGAAAAAUGUGCUUGGCCUUGGCUCAGCAAAUGAAGAUGUUUGGAACAGUGUCCACUGCUUAUGUGAAAGCACAUCAGGUUAUCUGGAAACUGGUUUCUUAGUUUGCUUAGGCCAAAGAAAUGGAUGAAAAUGACAACAAAAUCAAAUGAUUUCCUAAUGAUUCAGCUCUUCCAGUGCAGCAUACACUUUGGCAGAGUUGUAAUCAGAAGAACAACAGAUACCUGCACCCUGCUGGAUCGUAGCUUUUGGUUGUUGCUGAAAUCAUUUAAAUUAAAAAACAAAAGAGCUGCAGAUGUUAGCCUUCAUGGUAAGAAGCCACAGUUCUAAGGAAAACAGUUUCUUUUAAGAUGACUUAAACUCACCUGGUGCCUUAUCCUCCACCAUGAUUCAUUGUUCUGACUGGAUUCCCUUUAACAUCUAAUCUCUAAUGGACUGUGUCACAACUCACCUCUUCGUGACAUUUCCUAGAAUUGGUGAAAGGGUGCUGGAUACAAUGGGACUAUGCAUUCUGUUUACACAUUUAACUAACUGUUGUUUUGUUGUGUGUUUAUUGUUUUAUAAUAAGAUAUAUAUAUAUACACACAAUUAUGUUUAAGUUCUUCUGAAGU